UACUUGAGCAAAAGGGUUUUCAAUGUAACCCAAACGACCAAAAUUCCGAAAAUGGUAAUUGAGAUUGAGAUUAGAUCCAUCAUCCAUCUACAACUACUAGUCAGUCUUUAGUCCUUGCACAACAGCGUGCUACUCCAUUUCAGAUCCACCUAAAAUUUUCAAUUGAAGAAGAAGAUGGGUGAAGAAGACGACAUCACAAAGUCAUCAUCACCAUCGAAGAAGAAGGUUUACAGAUUCUGGGAAUGGACAAUUGCAGCUAUUCUCUUCAGGAUUUUACUCAUCUUUUUCUUCCCAAAUUACCUCUCUCAAUUGGCUUCUCGUCCCGAACUCUCCACCCCAGUUACAUCCCUUCGCCGCUUGGCUGAAGGGUACUGGUUGAAGAAACAAGCAUCCAUUUCUCCCUAUGCUGGAUCUAUGUAUCAUGGGUCUCCGUUGCUGCUUUCUGUACUUGGUCCUUUAACUGUUCCAAAAAUCGAUGGGCUACCUAGUCAUGUUUUGUGCAGUUUGCUUUUUGUGAUUGCAGAUCUUUUUUCUGCAUUGCUUCUACGAGCUACUGGUCAAAAGCUUCAAUCUAUGUAUUGCCAGAAUUUGAAAUCACUUGCCCUGGAAAAAGUAUUAGGAUCUUCAGACAUUCACGCUUGCGGGGAUAUAUCAUCUCUAUUUUACUUGUGGAAUCCGUUAACGAUCCUUACAUGUGUAGGAUCAUCAACAUCUCCUAUUGAAAACUUUUUAGUGAUUUUGUCUAUCUAUGGAGCAUGUACUCGAUUAAUACCUCUAGCAGCUAUUGGAUGGGUGUUGGCAACUCAUCUAUCACUAUACCCUGCAGUUCUGAUAAUACCGGUGAUCCUCUUGCUUGGUUACGGUCCAGAUGCGCCUCCUAAGAAAUUAUUCUUGCUUAAGAAUUCCAAAGAGACAAUAUUACCUUCUUUUUCAUGGAAACCAGUAAUCUUAUUCCUGUUGUGGACAUCAGCUUGGUCAAUUUAUAUAAUGGUUUUAUGUGGAAUCUCUGUCAGACAAACCGGUGGCUUGCAAGAUAUGUUCAAAAGGACCUACGGGUUUAUUCUGACAGUGAAGGAUUUGUCUCCUAAUAUAGGUGUUUUAUGGUACUUCUUUGCUGAAGUUUUUGAUAUAUUCCGAAACUUUUUCUUGCUGGUGAUCCACAUGAACAUUCUGUUCAUGAUACUGCCUUUGGCAAUACGGCUGAGACACCGACCUUGUUUCUUGGCUUUUGUUUAUGUUGCAAUGUCUUCAAUGCUGAAGACUUAUCCAUCUGUUGCAGAUUCUGCUCUUUGCCUUGGUUUGUUUGGCUUGUUUGUCAAUCAGUUAGCAGAUAUGCAAUUCUCUUUUGUCCUCUUCUGUGGAUACGUCGGUGUUAAUCUCCUGAGUCCUAUUAUGCAUAAUCUUUGGAUAUGGAGGGGUACUGGGAAUGCAAACUUCUACUAUGCGACUGCUAUAGCUUAUGCUGCUCUCCAGAUCAUUUUGAUGGUUGAUAGUACAAGUUCGAUGCUGAAACACGACAGAUGGUUGAGAAAGUUAAUCACACAGACUUGAGUCUUGUAAUUUAUGACUGCCUUUUAACUUCACCAAAUGUUAACGGUUGAUUUUACCGGUGCGUUAAAAGUAGGUGCUCCAUGCUAUUCAGAGCUCAAAAGUGAUUCUCACCAUCUUCCAUCAACCACUGAAGGUCAAAACUGAGUUGCGCCUCGAUGAAAUCCGGGAAUGUAAGCCGAUUUCUUAGUUGUGUACUUGUUAAACACCAUGGAGGGAUCUUUGUUGUAAUAUUGUGGAUAAAAAUGAUACUUGGCAUCCAAAUUGUUUAGAUUAUUAGAUGUGAUGGCCUUGCACUAUUCAAAAUCCAGGAUUAGUUUCUAAAUAUAGAAUGCUCAUUUUUGAAAUGAUGUUCUACUCUGUAAUAGAUAAAUUUUAUUCAGAUUUCGUUUUUGA